AAUGCACAUGUCGCAACGAACGACAAAUAAGAUUCUAGAAUAAACCCACAACUUCAUAUAUCUCGCCACGAAACACUAGUUGUGACUCUCUUACCUGCUGGUACGAUAGGAUCUCUAUCUCUGUCGCGCAUGCGACAAAAGCUCUACAGAUAUCAUGCCGUCAGAUACAACACCACUCCCGGUCGCCCCCGACCGCGCAGCCAUCUCGAACCGCAUUUCGCUCCUGCUUAACAAGCAAUCAUCUAUCCUCAAGACCCUCAACCCUUCAAAACCAUCAGACCAGUCGCGGCGUCCCAAGGUCCAGCCUACACACUACGACCGCGACCCCGAUGAAGAUCUUUUCAACGGCCCUCGCCCCAACGAAGGUGUUGGUUAUGAGCGUCCAAAAGAGGGCCCAUCAGCCGGAGACAAGUCUAAAGAGGACAUGACGCUAAGACGAAGACUUAUGGGCCGCAAAGAAGGUGCCAAUGCUAGAGCACAGAGGCAGGCCAAGAAGCAGCCAGAAAGUGAGAGCGACGACGACGCUGGGCGAAGCGCAUUGGGAAAGAGGAAACGACCUAAACGGACUGCUACAGAGAUGGAAGACACUCCCGCUGAAGUACAUCCGGCCGCUCAGGGUGACAUAGAUCCUGUAGACCGCGAGGUCGAGAGUGAGUCUACUACAAAGGUGGAUGCUCUACAAGACGCUGCUUCAUCAAUGAAGAAGAAGAAUAAGAAGAAACAGAAGACAAAAGACAGUGAAGCAAAACAAUAACUUUGGUGCACCAUUCACUAUGUAAAUAUAUCAGU